AUGGUCCUCCGGAAAGAUGAAUUAGAAGUACAGCUCAAGAAUGAGCAUGAGUUGAUUGCGAAUGGCGUGCUGAGAGAGGACAACCCUUUGGAUCAGUCGACUGAGUUCGAAGCGUUCCUGCUAGCCUGCAGAAGAGGCGACCUUAAAACGUGUCAAGAAUUGAUCUCGGCAGGCGUAAAUAUCAAUGGUAAAGACCGUUUCGACUACACGCCAUUGAUUGUUGCUAGUUUAUGUGGGCAUCUGGAACUCGUACAGCUACUUCUAGAGUCAGGCGCAUUGGCCGAAAGGAACACGUUUCAAGGAGAACGCUGCAUCUACAAUGCCCUCAACGACAGGAUACGAAAUUUGUUAUUGGAGUAUGAUUAUUCCAAAUCUACAGACCCGCUCCAGCCUUGGGCCGGACACAUCACCAGUCUACUCUCAAAGGCCGUUCCAAAGACAACUGAUAUCAGCCUCAUUGCGGCAGCGCAGUCCUUCAACAUGCACAAGUUUCUCCUGGCAGCGCGGACGCCGUACUUCAGGAAGAAAUUAGAUGGCACACCUGAUACCGCAACAUGGAAGCUUCCGACCACGUACCCGCUCGAGUCGUUUCAAGUUGCCCUCCGCUAUCUGUAUCUUGGAGAAGUACCCAGGGAUGUGGUCAAUGCUCGCAGUACCGUAACGGAAGAAGAGGUCCUCACUGGUGUUGAUAAGCUUAGCAAGCAGCUUGAGAUCGAACAGCUAUGGGAGGCAAUCCUGGCGGGCAACGACCGACGUCUCGCACGCCAAAGAUAUGAGGACGAGGUGAAGCGGGCGCAGGCUCAGGUGGAUCGGUUCUAUCGGGAGAAAGUCCUGGGUCACAAGAUGAUCGUAGAGACGAAGAGGGUGGGGGAAGUGAAAUGGCGUCACGACAACUCGAUCUUCGCCGAUUGUCUCCUCUGUGCACACGAACCGGAAAGCGGCGAGAUCGAGAAUGAUGCGGAAGAUUCUGAAAAUGUCGUACAUGCCGUCGGGAUCCCGCUCGGGCUUGCGACCAACGGCGAUAAGCCAAAGAAACGACCUCGGAAGUCUGUGGUUUACCCUGUUCACAAGGCGAUGCUCAUCCGCAGCCCUUACUUUGAGACCAUGUUCUCCAGCGAAUUUAGGGAGGCGCAGGACUCGGAAACCCUACAUGUCGUCACGGUGGACUGUAUGCCCGAGGUGCUCGAGAUCGUGCUUACGUUCCUGUACACAGAAAAGGUGGACUGCCCACUUGAGCUCGCCUUGGACCUGCUAUACACGGCCGACAUCCUCUUCCUCGACAAGCUCAAGACGAAAGCAGCACAGGCCAUCAGUACCUUGGGAAGCGGUACUAGCAACAUCUGGGCUGACCGUACCCACAGACCCGACGGAGAGGAACAACAGGAAGAGGAGAUGGAGCCCAUCAACAUCUACGACGUGAUUCACGCGGCAUGGGAUCUUCGUGUUCAGCGUCUGGAGGAGUUCGCUGCUCGGUACCUGGCCAACCGAUUAGAGGACUACAUUGACGAGGCGGAGUUUGCGGAGCUGAUCAAGGAAAGUGCAGAUAGGCUCAAGAAUCGCGAGGAGACGGACACCAUUGAGUUGCUAGACGAUAUCCGGUACUACCUAGGCGAGCGAUUCCGUCUGCGGUUUGAAGAUGCCAACCUUGAGGAGAUGAUGGACGAAGAGGGGGAGAUCAGCGCGGAAAUGGCCGAAGCGAUUGCAGCACAGAGCGAACUGCAGAAUGAGGAGAAGCGUGAGACCUUCGCUGUCUCCCAGGAAGCUGCCUCCGCUACUGCUGCGGUUCCUGUUGAGAACGGUGGAACCGGAGACGGUGUCAAGACUCUGGGUGGAGAGGUGGCUGAAGAUGAAUUCGCUUCAGACGCGAUCAAUUACCAGAUCCUGCUUGGAAAGAUCGAUACGAUGCUGGAUCGUCUGAAGCUGGAUGCAUAG